AUAUUGAUGAAUGUGCUGAAGGGGUCGUUCGGUGCCACAACCACUCGCGCUGUGUCAACCUUCCAGGCGGGUACCAUUGUGAGUGCCGAAGCGGUUUCCAUGACAACGGCACCUACUCUCUUGAUGGGGGGUCUUGCAUUGACAUUGACGAAUGUGCUACAAGAACACACACCUGCUGGAAUGACUCUGCUUGCGUCAACUUGGAGGGCAGCUUUGACUGCUUGUGUCCCACCGGACCCUCCUGCUCUGGAGACUGCCCUCAUGAAGGAGGGCUCAAACGCAAUGGCCAGGUCUGGACUCUGAAGGAAGAUAGAUGCUCUGUGUGCUCUUGCAAGGAUGGGAAGAUUUUCUGUCGAAGAACCGCAUGUGACUGCCUGAACCCCAAUGUUGACCUUUUCUGCUGUCCAGAGUGUGAUUCCAGAGUGACAAGCCAGUGCUUCCAUCAGAGUGGGCACAAGGUGUACCGCAGUGGGGACAACUGGACGUACAGCUGCCAGCACUGCAGGUGUUUGGAGGGGGAAGUGGAUUGCUGGCCCCUUGCCUGCCCAGUUGUGGACUGUGAGUACACGGCUGUCUCCGAGGGAGAAUGCUGUCCUCGCUGUGUCAGUGAUCCGUGCCUUGCUGACAACAUUGCAUAUGACAUCAGAAAAACCUGUUUGGAGAACUAUGGAAUCAUACGGCUCAGUGGGUCAAUAUGGACAAUGGCUGGAUCGCCCUGCACUACAUGCAAGUGCAAGAAUGGGAGUAUCUGUUGCUCGGUGGAUUUAGAAUGCCUUCAGAAUAACUGAGUCAGCUUCUUUGGGUUUAUACUCACAGACUGAACGGUCAUCUAUGACAAUUGCCAAAGUCUCCAUAGAGGAAGCUGUCUGGAAAUUCUGCUUCGAAGGACCUGUUGUAAUACCCUGUUCCGUUGUCCUUGAAAGACACUUGAACUUCCAAUUUGAUAGAAAUUGUCAUUCUUAAAUGUCGAAACCAUGCGUGAUUCCAUUCUUACUCAUUCCAGAUCUGUUAAAUGUGUUGUGUUAGUUGAAGAGUGAAUUCACAAAGGGGAAAGUUAUUUCGCCCAUGUUGCUAUAAUUAUGCAUAAGAAAAAUGCUUCACUCUAUAUAUAUAUAUAUAUAUAUAUAUAUAUAUAGAGAGAGAGAGAGAGAGAGAGAGAGAGAGAGAGAGAGAGAGAGAGAGAGAGAGAGAGAGAGAGAGAGAGAGAGAGAGAGAGAGAGAGAGAGAGAGAAUGGAUUUCUAAAUUUUAAUAUUACUAUCUCUACAGUAAUAAAUCACAAUACUUGUAACUGUUGUAACUGUAUUUCUGUAUCUGCCAAUGAGAGCAGACAAUCAGACUUCCAAUACAGGGACACACAAGAAGACUUAGUAUGAACAUUUUUCAACAGCAGAACAGAUUUACAGUACUAUACAUUUUAAAUGCGUGCACCACAUUAAAAUAUGUAUUUCCUUUUUUUUUAAAUAGCUGUCUUGUAUAUGGAUUGAAACUAGACAAAACAUAAUUGGUUUUGGUUUCUGUCUUGAGGAAUCCAGCAAGACCAAACUGGUUGAAUGCCACUGGUAUAUAAUCUGUACAUUUAUUUUUUUCAUUACAUUAAAGGAAGAAAAAGAUAUUUCUGUACAGUAUAUCAUGGUAGAAACAAAACCUUCCAGUGGUGAAUUUGAAAGCUGAUGAAUGAAUUUUCAUUUUCUAAACCUAUCAAAAAAAAGGCUUCUUCCCCUGUUUUCGCUGAUUUCCAUUAAAAUGUUCCGCCAUUUUAUAAUGGUAAGGGUCUCCAUAACUGUUGUGAUGAUGCCAGACAUUUUGUGAGAAAAUACAUUAAAUUCAGAGGAUUGGUAAUUCUAGAAUAAAAAAUACUCUGCCUGCAAGGUUAAAGGAGAAACUAAUAAAGGUUUAUUGUUGAGGUAGGAUGGUUAUAUGCCAGCAGUUCAGCAGGUUGGCUUAUUUGCGUAUUGCUAUGCUUAUUAAGGAAUAAUAUACCAUCUUUGUCCAGCCCUUUCUUGUACCUCUAAAGUACACAGCUUUCAUCAGUAUGUAUUGGUAUGUCACUACUCAACCCUUGAUGCUGCUUAUAUUAAAAGGGGGGGGGGGGGGAUAUUGUAAUAGAUUUUAAUCUGGAUUCAUACCCUAUGUCCUUGCGGUAUGCAAAUCCAAACCUACAGCUAUGGCCAAAAGUUUUGCAUCACCUAGAACUUUAGUAUUGAGACAUAAAAAAAUCAAACUAUAUGAACAUAAUUGAGAUCUUUUAUUUAACAUCAUGUAAUCAAAUAAACUACAAAAUGAUAUUGCAAAAGUCUACCGGAAGCCAUAAUAGUAGUACAGUAUUUCAUGUGAGAUUUAAAAAUGUCUAAUUUUUCAAUUACACAGCGGUAUGUCAUUUAAUAGGUUAAUGUAACAUUAUUCAGCAGGUUUCAUUCGACUUUAUAAAGCAAAAAUAGUUAAUUCCAUAGGGUCAUGAAAACCUUUGGCUAUAGCUGAGUAUUGUAACAAUAUUACACAGUGAAGGCAUAUGGAAUGAUUGUAUGCAACGGAAAACUGUAAGACAGAGUAAGUGACCUAUGCUGCAAAUGAGUAGAAAACGAAGAAAGAACAUAAACACAAGUGGAGAGCAAUUUGCAGUUUAAGGGACUGUGGCAUCAGCAUUGUAAUCCUUAUUGCUGGUUUGUAGUGUUUAGGCUUUUAUAUAAAUAUAUAUAUAUAUAUGUAUAUAAAUUGAUGUUCCUUUAAUUACCAUGAAUUGUUUGAGUCUGUGAAUUGUAAAUGUGUAUCUUGAGAAAACACUGUCUUUUCUAAACCUUUAUCACUUGUAAUUGACCUAAAUCUGGGUCCAUACUGAGUCGAUUUUGUUGGCCAGAACUGUAGAGCAACCGAAUCGGCCAACAUAAUCUUAUGGCGUCUUGGGCAACAGUUUAUUGUUGCAGUUAGAAAAGUGCCCAACUUUUUUGGUGUGCUGUCAGUUUAUGCUGCAAUAGAUUUCCUAUUGAUUAUUGUAUCAUCUCAUGUUUUGGUAUAUGCAAAAAAUUGUGUUUCCAUAAAAUACUAUUUUGUUUAUUAAAAGUAUUUGCUAUAUCAAAAAUGUCCCGAACAAUGUUGCCAACAAAGUGGGGAGGUAUUGGUUUGUUGUGGACUAGGCUUCAGACAGCCCAGCUACAUGAUUCAGUAAUACUUUAGCUUAUAGAGCUGUUAUAAGUGAUUAUAAACCAUCUAUAAACAUGUUACUAAUUUUGCUAUUAACAGUUAUAGAUUAUGAUUAUAAAUAAUAAAAACUAUUAUUAUACACUUUUGCUAUUGUUUAUAAUUGGUUAUAACAGAUACCUAAACUAAAGUGUUUACCCAUGAUGCUACAAAAAUCUCUCCACUUUACAAGAAGGGAUUCAAGGGGGAAGAUGUGGCUUAAAGUCAUUGAAUCCGUCUAUCUUGAUAAGAUUACAUCCACAGGGUAACACAACACAAUUCUUAAAUCACAUGUGUAUCCACCAGCAUUACAGACUGACUGUACUUGUGAAUUCUACCCCUAUAAUGGGGUCAAGGAUCUAAUCCAAAUUAUGGUCUUAAGAGAUGUAAUCGUCAGAGAGUUUGGGCAUAUUGGAUUGUCAUGUUAUCGACUAGUCUGCGGUAAAACAAUAAAACCUUUUUAGAAAUGUCUAUGUAAAUUUCACUGUUGAGGUUUUAAUUUAUGUGCUUAGAAUUUUGGUGCAAUAUUUUGUUUUAUGUAAAUACGAUGUAAAGCUGGGGGCUAAAGGAAAAACAAUCAUGUGUUAUAAGGUUCUGAUUAUCCUUAUGCAGUUAGUAAUUAAGUCAUUUUUUAUUAAUUAUGUUUUCACUUAACAAUGGGAAGAAAAG